UCCCUCCCUCCCACCGCCCAAUUCUCUCGUUCAUUCCCGCUCCUUAAACCACCGCCGGAAGUUCCUCCAUGGCAGACUCCAAGCAACCUCCUCACCUUCUGUUCAAGCAACGCUCCUGGUCCCCUGACAUCCACCGCGACAAAGAAUGGCAGAAGCUCAAGUUCAAGCAGUUACGUCGUGACCGCCAUCGCCGCUGCAAGAGCAUUGAUGCCGACAUUGAUGUCACUGACGAUGAUGUCAAGGAGCUUAAAGCGUGUUUUGAUCUAGGUUUCGGUUUCGAUCCGUCUCACGAUUUGGAUCCGAAACUUACGCAAGCUUUUCCUGCUCUCGAGUUGUACGCGGCCGUGAACCGGCAGUACAAUAAUAGACUCCUAUCGAGGUCCUCUUCAUCGCUAAGUUCCGAUUCUUCUUCAAGUUCAUCAAGUCUUACUACCGCCAUUAUUGAUCCAAAUGAUGAUCCGCAAAAGGUAAAGACAAAAUUGAAACAGUGGGCACAAGUGGUUUCUUGUUCUAUUCUGGAUGCUUCUCCUCAGCCAAUAACAAAAAUUGCAGAAUAGAAAGACCUAAUUAAGAUGGAGAUCAAUAUAAGGUACAAUCUGGUAACUUCUUGGUGCCUUUGUCAUAUGAGGAAUAGAAUGUACAUAUUUAUUGGUAUCAGAAGACUUCCAUUAACGAUAGGAAGGAAUGAACAUCUGAUUCU